AUGUCUGAUAACAAGAGUUUUCAAGGUGGCGCCCCCAAUUUUACCCUCGAUAACGAAGAAGCUGGGUCUUCCAUGUUUGGAGCUGUCAGACAAUUCAUAGCUGGGCUAUUGAUAAAGGACAGCAUGUCACCUACUAUCAGUUUAUACUCAAGGUCACUAUCGUCUACUGUUGUUCCUCCUUCUUCAAGUGACAGUUCUAGUGGUGGGGGAGACGUUACCGACGGAGUAACUUUUGUUGGAAAUACUACUUCGACAGUAUUAUUCUUUUUGGCUCUAGCGGUAGGUGUAUUGAUAGCUGUAUUAUUCGUGUUCUUCACGUUUCGUUAUUUCAUCAGAUCGAAGUAUGGACUUCACGUUUAUCCAAUACCCCAUAGAACUCUCUUCUAUUCUUCGAGUGCACCACUAGAUCAGAAUAGUUUGACGAAUGUUGAGUUACAAGAACAAAUAAAUUAUGUCAGAGAUAAUAAUUACAUAAGAGGCGAAAUCUUAGCAAGAAGGAUUAAUCGUGGAAGAAACCGUCGAAGGAGAAGGGGUGGAAGGUAUUCAAGAAUGAAGAAAUUAACCGAACAAGAAGUUGAGAUCUUAUUCCCUAUAAAGACAUAUCAUGAUUGGCUUAACGGUGGACAGGAGAGAGAUCAUGAAAUUAGAGAUGGUGUCUUGCAAGAGGAAUCCAUGCUAGCAUGUACAACUCAAGCGAAACCACAGACACAAGAUGAUUCAUUUGAUUUAAAUGACAUCCAAGAGGAAAACUUGAACCGCACUAUGUCUCAUAGUUUUGUCAGUGAUGCAAUCGAUGUCAACCAAUCACCUAUUACAAAGGUUGAAGGAAUCGAAAUGCAGAAUAUGAAGUUGGACGAAAUUCCUCACGCGACUCAUGUAUCGUCUCCAUCAGAGGAAACCGAUGAUGAUUUGCAUUUCACUUCAGGCACAUGUGCCAUUUGUCUUGAAGUCUUGGAGAACGAUGAUAACGUUAGAGGAUUGAUUUGUGGGCGUGUAUUUCAUUCUGAUUGUUUAGAUCCAUGGCUUACCAAGAGGCGUGCGUGCUGUCCUAUGUGUAAAAGAGACUACUUUUUUAAGGAUGAACAUAAUAAUAGCCUUAGCCACCAAGGUGAAGGUAGCAGCACUGCUAAUGGAAGCGGUGAUGAUAAUAACACCAACAAUAAUCAAAAUAACGAUGCAGACGAUGACUAUGAUGAUAUUGAUUUCGACGCUUUCAGAAAUGAUCCUGCUUUAACAGCAUUGCUUCAAGAGCUAGUUCCGUUACAUGAAAGAGUAAGGACGAUAUUAAAUGACACUUCCUUGGCUCAUUUAAAUAUCGAACAAAGGGCUAAUGAAAUUGCUUCGAAAAAACGGGGGAACGCAUUAAAGGUGGUGUGGUGGAAAAUCAUGGGUAUCAAAAAAGAAGAUUUGUUUAAUUGGGCUGUAAUAACUAUUCAUCGUCAAGAAAGACAAAAUAUAGCUAGGGAUACCUCAACGACUAAUAACACCAACGAUGCAAAUGCCAAUGCGGACUCCAACAUCGACAACAACAAUCCUAGUGCUACUGAAAAUAUCAAUAGCAUUAGCAAUAACAGCAACCCCAGUGAAUCGAAUAGCGGAAAUGCCAUCGCCAAUGAAUUGCCUGCCACCAAUGAAUAUCCUAGUGUGGAUGAUAUAACCAACGCAAAUACAGGAACAGUAACAACCGAAUCGAAUACCACCCCUUACACAUCAAAUUCAAGACAGGUUUCUGCAACUGAUAUUUCAAGAGAUAUUGUUGAGCAAAGGGUAUGA